CCAGGAGUCCCUCCUCCAGUUCAGCUCCCUGCCUCAGGGAAGACUUCUAUUUCUAAUUUCUAAUAGAACAUAUAAUGGAACUUUCUGAAAACCCAGGAGAUAGCAGCUCCGUUGAACAUAAUCCUGUCCUGGAAAUUACUGAGCAGAAACCAUUAUGUACAGAGCAAUGCCAUGUUCCUUUGAUUUUGUGUGUAAUUAUUUCUCCUGUCCUCUUUUAUAGGAUAUUCACUUUGUUUCCAAACAUAGCAGCUCGUAAGUUACUGCUGACGUUGGUGUUUGUAUCAGUUUUCUGGAUCAUUUACUUGGCUCCGAAAGAUCAUGCAAAGUUCUUGUUCAGCUUCAGAAGCCCUUUUGCCCUGACUCAAUGGAACAUUUUCAAAAAAUCCUUAUACCCCGAAGUGCCCCUGAGUCCAGUGGCUUCCCCAGCAGAGACCGAUGUGAGAAUAAAGGAGAUCGUGAGGAAACUAGACCAGCUGUUCCCACCCAGACCCUUCACCCACCUGAACUCCACCACCAGUGCCGCGCACAGCAGGGCCACCGUCCUCAACCCUCGAGACACCUACUGCAGGGGGGAUCAGCUAGACAUCCUGCUGGAGGUGAGGGACCACUGGGGACGCAGGAAGGAACACAGCGGGGACUUCCUGAGGGCCAGGAUGUCUUCCCCAGCCCUGCAGGCAGGCGCCUCGGGAAAGGUGAGGGACUUGGACAACGGCAGCUACCUCGUCAGCUUCACCCUGUUCUGGGAGGGCCGGGUCUCGCUGUCCCUCCUGCUCAUCCACCCCAGUGAAGGGGCGUCGGCUCUCUGGAGGGCAAGGAACCAAGGCUACGACAGGGUGAUCUUCAUGGGCCAGUUUGCCAACCGCACCUCCCAGGCCCGCUCCGAAUGUGGCCUGACCCUAAACACAAGCGCUGAGCUGUGCCAAUACCUGGACACUCGAGACCAAGAAGCCUUCUACUGUGUGAAGCCUCAACACGUGCCCUGCGAUGCUCUAACCCAUGUGACCACAAGGAACAAAAACAUUUCCUAUCUUAGCAAGGAAGAGUGGAGGCUUUUCCACAGGUCCAAUGUGGGGGUUGAAAUCAUGAAGAACUUGACUUCAAUUCAGGUCUUGCCAUGUAACAAGAGUGAGAACAUAAAAAAGAAAUGUCAGGUUGGAAUGAAGACUCCUUUCCCCAGUGGUUAUACUUUGAAAAGAGAGUGGAUUACAACAUUUUGCAAACAGAUGGAGUUAUAGGAAACAGAAAAUAUAAAUGACUGCUUGAAAAGAAAACUUAUUUACCUCAUGGGAGAUUCAACCCUGCAUCUGAUUUACUACUUACAAAAAGUUGUGAAAACCCUAAAAUUUUUUGAUCACCACGGAACCGGGAUCUUUAAAACACAUGUGCUUCUGGAUGCCGAAAGACAUAUUUUGAUUCAGUGGAAAAAGCACGGUCAUCCAUUUAUUACCCAAAAUCUGUUCUCAGUGAAAGACGAAAACUAUAUCCCGCGGGAAAUUGACCGAGUAGCUGGAGACAACGACACAGCCAUUGUCAUUACCCUUGGCCAGCACUUUAGACCCUUUCCAAUCAAAAUUUUCAUCCGUAGGGCCAUCAACGUUCAAAAAGCCAUUGAACGUUUGUUCCUGCGAAGCCCAGAGACCAAAGUCAUCCUCAAAACUGAAAACACCAGGGAGCUGUAUCUAAAUGCAGAGAUGUUUAGUGACUUUCACGGCCAUGUUCAGAAUCUGAUCAUGAGGGAUAUUUUCUUGGAUCUCAAUGUGGGAAUCAUUGAUGCCUGGGACAUGACUAUUGCAUAUAACAGUAAUGCUGCCCACCCACCUGAUUAUGUGAUUGGAAAUCAGAUUAAUAUGUUCUUAAACUACAUUUGCUAG